CUUUGUAUUCCCUUGGCAGCCCGAGCAAUCAACUAUCCCAGCCAGCUAGGGGCUGCUUUUGGCCUCUGGUGAACCUCUGGCACACACUGCCUCUCAGCACUGGCAGUGGAGGGAGAUAACCAAGCCAUUCAUGCCAUUUCUGGCAGUUUUCUUGCCCACUCCAGCACUUUAUUGCUGGUUUAGGGAAGGCAGCCUGCCCAGAGCUGCUGUGCCAUGCAGGACUGAAUUCCCUGCUCCCCAAAGGAGGGUUCUCCCCGUGACUGAGUCCCACUGCUGAUGGAGUCAGCAGCUGAUGGAGCAAUCUGCUGCCACUCUGCCUGAGCGCUCCCCGUCCCGGCUCCCGCAGCCUCACUCAGCCUGUGGCAAAGAGCUCCCUGGGCUGCCUGUCUGCAAGUGCACCCAUCUAUCUGCUCGAAAUCGGGCUUCCAGAGUUUGCAACAGAGCCCAGUCUGCAGCAUUCUGAAAUAACUCCCCAGGCUGUCAUGUUUAAGAAGCAAAACCGUGGGAGAAAGGGAGUGUCCAACCUCCGUGCUCGAGCUGGGCUCCCAGAGGUUGCUCUAAGAGCCAUGUUUCGUGCUGGAUUCAGCCCAAGGAUUUCUUUAGACAGCACAGGGUCUUUUCAGAAGGUAUUUCUUGCUGCAGAAUAGUAUAAUGGGCCCUUAAUCAGUGCACAUGACAAGGCCAUUUAUCAUUUGCAAGCCAAAUGUGGAAAGAAUUGUGCUUUUAUUUUGCCUUUUCUUCUGCCUCCCUCAGAGAUCCCUUUUCCACCACUUUCACAUGUGCUCUCCAGGAUUUCUUGCCCAGAGGGGACGUGUGUGUGUGGGGAUAAGUGCUCAUGACAGCACUACAUCUGCACCUCACAUGAAGUAUUCUCAGCUUCCUUCCUUCCCAUUCCUGCCUAGAGACCGCCUCAGAGAUGUGUUUUCAGGGAGCCAAAUCUUUCAGCUGAUUUUUAAAUCCCAGCUAAAGCUUGUCACUUCCCCUUGGAAAAUGAGUCCAUGCAGAGCAAGCACUGGGAAUGCUUUGUCCCGUGACUUGACUUUCUCUGUACAGCAGCCCACACAUGAAUAAGAAAGCUGGCAAAAAACCCUUCGCAAUUUGUAAGCAUUUCACAUCUACCUUAAGAAAAUAAUUAUGUAAAUUCUCUGCUCCCCCAGAGAGAUUUGGGAUGAGAACUAAAGAGAUGCAACACGAAAAAAUGCUCAGGGCUGCCAUUUUGCACCAGAACUCCUCUUCUGCCCCUACUUCCCUGUCGCUCUGAUAACUCUGCUUGGCUCCCACUGCUUCAAACAGGCAGUGGCCACCCUUUAGGCAUCUUGGCAAAUGGGCUACCCAGGAAUUUCUCCCAGGUGAAUGCACCCAGGUGGUACAUAGCAGCUGAUCAUCAUCUGUUGACAAAAAGCACCCAAAAAAGUGCAGGCAGGUAUCCAGAAUGAAGAUAUCCAAUAAGCAGGACAGCAGCUUGCCUGUAUCACGACACUGUGAUCACCGAAAGAAGCUGGCUGUAACAACGACAGGCAAAAAAAUAGCAAUUUCUAAAUGGGAUUUUUAAGUGGAGGACAUCCCAGUAAACAAGCAUAAAUCCCUUCCCCUUUGCUCUCCUAAUACGUGGCACUCUGGGCUUAGUUCGUACACAUCUCUCCCUUUCCCUGUUCCAGCUGCAAAUCUUCGUUGUUACUCUGAGAAGGAAAACAAAACCGGGGUCUCUGCUUAUCUCCAGAGCUGUGCCCUUCAAGGCAGGGUUUUGUCACUUACAUGCUGCUCUCCAGAUAAGUGUGAUCUAGACAGCGAUUUUUCUAAGAAAGUUGCUGAAUACUGAUUGUCCGAUUGCACGUUCCCUGCAGUUCCCCGAGCCCCCACGGCUCAUCCAUGCAAACAACAAGUUCAGCAAACAGAUGAGAUGUGAGAUGGUUGCAUAUGAAUGACAUGUACGUAAUUAGUGGUGCCAUGUCCUUGAUCACGCUGAUGGUUCAAUGAGGGGGAAGGAAAAGGGAGAAUUAUUCUCAUACUCUCACUGCGUUGGGCUCUCUGGGCUACGUGGAAUAAAGUGCCCUGCUGCAUAAAAAGGCAAUCAAACUUUUUGCCUCGUGGCUCUCACAAUUAGAUGCAGAAGGCAAAUAUAGGAUUUUUUUGUGCCGCAUGUAGAAAUAACCUUUGAUUACAGAAUUGAUCGGCAAAAAGAAGUGACAGAUUUUUCAAUACUUAAAAAAAAAAAAAAAGAAAUCCAUCAUUAGAGCCAAAUUUUCAGCAUUUUUCUCUCCCUCCUGCAUUCUCACUUUGGUUUUCCUGUAUCCAGCAAUGCCUCUCAGAGCUCCUUAAUGCUCUGCACGAACUUUCGAAUUAAAACCUUUUAUUUUAAUGGGAAUUCUAAUCCUACCGGGAUGGUGUUUGCAUAGCCGCGCUUAUCAUCCCAUCAUGGGAGGGGUUUUUUUUUGCUCAGGAUUUCCUCUGAUUCGUGCUCUACAGCCAAGAAGUGAAGGCACCAGAAGAGCUGCCUGCUGCUGAGGAAAAGCCGAGAUGUUAUAGCCAUUCAGUGAAUUAAAACGCUGUGGCUGUUAUCUGCAUUGGCAGCAGAGAAUUCCUUGGAAGGCCUGAAAGUGGUGGAGAUUGAGAAAUGCAAGCGCGACAUUAAAAAGAUGAGGGAGGAAAUGGCAGCGAGAAGCAGCAGGACUAACUGUCCCUGCAAGUACAGCUUUUUGGAUGAAAACAAGAGGCCGGCUCCCCGGCGGGAUGUACCAUCCUACCCAAAGUACAUGCUGUCCCAGGAGACCAUUGAGGCUCUUCGGAAACCAACCUUUGAUGUCUGGCUGUGGGAGCCCAACGAGAUGCUGAGCUGUUUGGAGCACAUGUACCACGACCUUGGGCUGGUAAAAGACUUCAACAUCAAUCCUAUCACACUGAAGAGGUGGUUGCUGUGUAUUCACGACAAUUACAGAAACAACCCCUUCCACAAUUUCCGGCACUGCUUCUGCGUGACCCAGAUGAUGUACAGCAUGAUCUCGCUCUGCAGCCUCCAGGAGAAAUUUUCCCAAAUUGACAUUUUGAUUCUCAUGACUGCAGCAGUGUGCCAUGACUUGGACCAUCCAGGCUAUAACAAUACCUACCAGAUCAACGCGCGGACGGAGCUGGCCGUGCGCUACAACGACAUCUCCCCGCUGGAGAACCACCACUGCGCCGUGGCUUUCCAGAUCAUCUCCCAGCCCGAAUUCAACAUUUUCUCCAAUGUGGACCAGGAGCAGUUCAAACAGAUAAGACAGGGGAUAAUUACAUUAAUCCUGGCUACAGACAUGGCGAGACAUGCAGAAAUAAUGGACUCUUUCAAGGAAAAAAUGGAAAAUUUUGAUUACACAAAUGAAGAACACAUGACCUGUCUGAAGAUGGUACUGAUAAAAUGCUGUGACAUCUCCAACGAAGUGCGCCCCAUGGAAGUAGCAGAGCCCUGGGUAGAUUGCUUACUGGAGGAGUAUUUUAUGCAGAGCGACCGAGAAAAAUCUGAGGGGCUCCCAGUGGCGCCGUUCAUGGACCGUGACAAAGUGACCAAGCCGACGGCACAGAUCGGAUUCCUGAAGUUCGUCCUCAUCCCCAUGUUCGAAACAGUGACAAAGCUAUUCCCAGAAGUGGAGGAGGUGAUGCUCCAGCCUCUGUGGGAAUCCAGGGACCACUACGAGGGGUUAAAACAGAUAGAUGAUGCUAUGAAAGAGCUGCAGAAACAGAAAAGCGAAGCUUUGACGACCGGCAGUACUGAGAAGUGAGACAGAAUGGCCUUUGAACAAAAAAACCACGAGCCCUGAGGCUACUCUGCUUUUGAGAAAUGCUGUACUUGCCAAGCAGACGUGGUGGCUACAUCAAAACCCAAGUGGGACCAUACAGGGAGAGGUGGCAGGGAUGGAUCCGCAGCCUGCAGCCUCCUCACAGAGGUGCUGCUGCCGUCGGACACCGCGGGCUCCCCAGCCUCUGGCAUUCCCUCCACAGCCUCCUGGCAGGAUUCCCCAGGCUCCUGAAUUCUCGCCACAGCCUCCUGGCAGGAUUCCCUGUGUUCCAGCAUUCCCACAACAGCCUCCCAGCAGGAUUCUCCCUGCGGACACUGCUCAGGCUGCAGCCCGGCUCCAAUCUUCAGCAGAUCUGCCUUUUUGGUGACCAAGAUGCCUGCAGCCUGCAGAGACAAAUCAGAGUUUAGCUAAGGAGCCUUUUCUGGGAAAUGAUCCACUGGCACCAGGAGUGGUUUUAGUCAAGAUACUCUCUAUAUGUGUACAGCAGUAUGCUAAUUACAGCAUAGCUCACCAGAUGCUUAUACACCGACAAGGGUCCUGGCAUACAUUUUUGUUUGCCUGGUAGGCUCUAAUGACACAUUUCUCUGCGUUAUUCUCUGAAUUUUAUAGUGUUCACAGUACAUUCAGAAACCCAGCAUAGUGGAUGCAAUUUUCUCUUUUUGUUGUUUUUUUCUACACUAGAAGAAAUCAGAAGAAACCUUAGUGAGUUCGCAGGGUUGCUUUGUGGCCUGGUACAGCUGGACACCAUGGGGUCCUUCAGCACGAGCAAAGAAGGGAGCACAAAGCUGAAAAAAACAGGGUGCAAACACAUUUUUAUCCUUGUUGAUGCAAAAAAAAAAAAAAAAAACCCAACAAGAGACACCUUCAAAGAUGUACAGAUUUUUUUUUUUUUUUUACUUUUAAACUGAUCUGCUAAAUAAUAUAUUCUUCUACAGAAA